AUGAACUCAUACAUAAUGUCAAAUCAACCAAUAAUCUUUAAGGAUUCUCAAGGAUCUGCAAACACUACAAUUACCACAAAUCCUACUAAUAAUAAUAGAGAUAUAAGGUUGAUUCAACCUUUAACUAACAAUAAUCCUUUGUUAAAUCAAAUAGCAACAAAUAAUAACAAUACUCAAAUGAAUUUCUCAAGUGUCCCAAUGACAAGAAGAAAUUAUACUUAUAUGGCAAAUGUAAACAUCCCCUCGGUUACACAUAUUAUUGCACCUGCAAAUCAACCACAUUUACCAAUCAUGAAUAACAACAAUAACGUUUCCUUAAAAUUACCAAGAGUAUUGCCACCACCAAACAGUUCGUAUUACUCUAAUACAACAAUUACAACUGCUCCGGCUCCGGCUGCUAUUACUUCUGCAACUAAUUCUUCUGGUGUAUUAUCCUCUUCUUCUUCUUCAGGAAGUAGUGGUGUUGGGACUCCUAAAACGAAUCAAAGAAGAGAAACUUUACUUUCAGUUAGUGAUGCUUCGUCCCCAGUUUAUAAGAGGGACUCGAACUCCGCAUCUUUACCACCUUUUAAAUCAUUCGAUUCCUCAAGAAGACAUUCGGUAAGUCUGGCAAUAUUGGAUGAUCCAGUUCAACAAUUAAGAAACUCUCAACAACCAACUUUGGGGGCUAUUGUAAAAGAUGAAAAUAAUAAUUUCAUUGUUCCUUUGGUUCAAGUUCAACAACCAGGAAUGUCAGAACCAUCAUCAAUAAAAACCGAACUCGAAAUUGGCUUGCCUGAUGAGGAGAAUAUUCAUAAAGUCGGCGAAAGAUAUAACGAUAAAGGUGAAUUGAUUGGAAGAUCAGGUAAAAUCCUACGCGAUACAAAGAGAGCUGCUCAAAAUCGUUGUGCUCAAAAAGCAUUUAGAAUACGUCGUGAAAAAUAUAUUAAAAAUUUAGAAUUAAAAUCAAAACAAUUCGAUCGUAUGGUUAAUGAAAAUUCAAAAUUAAAAUCAAGAAUUAAAGAACUUGAAAAAUUAUUGUAA